GUCUAGGAAGUGAAGUUUCGGUGAACGAUUUCAAAUGAAAUUUUCGCGAUUUUUACGCCGGAUAUGUUACGCUUAGAAGUGCUUAAUGAUUCACAAAGUUUUGAAUGUUUGACCUCGUCGCCAAUGAAAAAUGUAGAUCAUUCUGACUAAUCGGAAAACAAUCAUAACUAGGCAGUGAAAAUUUGUAGUUUGAAUUUCUCUGGCAGGGUUCUAUUCCUUUUAAUAGCUAACGUCGUCAGCAUUGCAGAAAACCGAACAGUGAAAUAAAAAAUCAUAGCAAGGAAGAGUAAGAACAGGAUGGGAUCAGUUUUGAAUAAUUAAUUUACAAGAAAACGAUCCGUGUUUUACUGAUAUUGCAUCGACAAUCUCACGAAAGAAAAAAGAUGGAUUAUUUUCUUAUACCAAAGCCAACAUAAAAAAUGAUAAAGCUGUAAACAAUAAUAGCUUUGUUUGUUUUACACUGGGCUUUGGCUGACUUGUCUAUUGAAGUGAAAGUAGUUUUUGUUCUGCCCACAUAUUCGUGCCUCGAUGUAGGGUAGUACGCUUAGCAAGAGGUCUGGUGGAAACGUGUUUAGUGAUUAAUUUGGUCAACAUUCAGUGUCUUUGUCAGUAACAGGAAAAGUACCGAGGAGGGCUAUUUCUAUAGGAUAUAAAGGAAACUACGAUUUGGCCACAGGGCGUGCGUGUCUUCAUUCGGUACAGUGGAUUCCAAAAGUAACCUGGGUCUUACCCAGGACUUCGAAAGGAUGGUGGGUUUAUCGGGCGGUGCACACCUGUACGCAGCUGGACUUCCUCCUGCACAGGAAAUCGUUCGAGAUAUAUCCACCAUGCCCAGCGCUGCUCCAACGAGUGCCGACGCCUGUCUCAGCAUUGUCCAUUCGCUGAUGUGUCACCGCCAAGGAGGCGAAAGUGAGGGAUUUGCCAAACGAGCGAUCGAGUCACUCGUGAAGAAAUUAAAGGAAAAACGGGAUGAGUUGGAUUCUCUCAUAACUGCGAUCACGACGAACGGAGCUCAUCCGAGUAAAUGUGUAACAAUUCAAAGAACGCUUGAUGGUCGUUUGCAGGUUGCUGGACGCAAAGGAUUUCCACAUGUUAUCUAUGCGCGUAUAUGGCGAUGGCCGGAUUUACAUAAGAACGAAUUAAAACACGUUAAGUACUGCCAGUUUGCCUUCGAUCUCAAAUGCGACUCUGUUUGUGUUAAUCCGUACCAUUAUGAACGGGUGGUAUCACCUGGAAUAGACCUUUCAGGCCUGACACUUCAAGCUGGGCCGAAUCGUUUGAUCAAAGACGAGUACACUCCUGGAUCCGUCGUCUCCGGAUCGAUGGAUAUCGAUGGGAAUGAAAUAGGAACAAUUCAGCAUCAUCCGUCAAUGGUUCCCGGCUCUGGUUAUAGUAGCAUGGGACUUCAUCAACCAGUACCCGACCCAUCGCAGAUGGGGGGUAUGUUUCCGCCGCCAUCUGGGAGCGGCCCACGUCCGAUUCCAAAGUUGGAACCACCCGAGCAAUCUCGAAAUAGCAACGGUAGUUGGAUAAACAAUCCAAGUUCUUCAACUUCGACAGCCACUAGCUCCACUCCACAUAAUCGUCUUUCAUCAUCACUGCCGCAUUGUAACCCUGUUGGUUUGGCCACAAGUGGAGGGCUGCGUCCACCACAACCUGCUCAGACACAAGGACCUCAAGGUCCAGUGCAAUCAAGUUCCCAAAUGACAAACGGCGGCAAUGGUCUGAUUGGCAGUUCAUCCCAGCCUAAUUUAUUGAACGCAGAUGGUCAAGGACAGUACUAUACAAAUAGUACAGUCGACCCCACAGUGCUCUCCGGUGAUCCUCAACUGACACAGAAUCUUGGAGUUCAAGGUUCAAUUUCUGCCACAUCCCCAGUGUCACCUCACUUACAGCAAAAUGGGUAUGUUCAAAAUGCCAGCAAUCAACAACAACAACAACAGCAAUCCCAGCAGCAACAUUCAUCGUCCGGUCAAGGACAGUACGGUCAGCAUCAAGCUGGAGCUGCGACGUGGUCGGGUUCAAAUACUUUGACUUACACACAAUCUAUUCAACCACCCGCUCCAGAUCCACGGUCUCAUGGUAGUCACCAACAAUACUGGCAGCAUGGUGGGGGUUCAGGUAGUAGUAACACAAACUCCGGACAGCUGCAAGAAAUUCCUGGUCAACCCCGGCUUCUCUCUCGACAACCCGCCCCGGAAUACUGGUGUUCGGUUGCAUACUUUGAACUCGAUACUCAAGUAGGUGAAAUGUUCAAAGUUCCAUCAAAUCGCCCUAACGUUACCGUCGAUGGAUACGUCGAUCCUUCGGGUGGUAACCGAUUCUGUUUGGGAGCUCUAAGCAAUGUGCAUCGAACAGAACAAAGUGAGAAAGCGAGAUUACACAUUGGCAAAGGUGUUCAACUUGAUCUGAGAGGUGAAGGAGACGUAUGGCUACGGUGUCUUAGUGAUCACUCAGUGUUUGUGCAGAGCUAUUAUCUGGAUCGGGAGGCCGGUCGCACACCUGGCGAUGCAGUGCAUAAAAUUUACCCAGCUGCUUGCAUAAAGGUUUUCGACCUGCGCCAGUGUCAUUUACAAAUGCAGUCGUUAGCAACAAGCGCCCAAAAAGCGGCCCAAAUGCAGGCCGCCGCUGUAGCAGGUGUUUCAGGGCUAGCAGUUGGUGCGCCCAGAAAUCUGUCUGCUGCCGCUGGAAUCGGUGUGGAUGAUUUGCGACGUCUCUGCAUUCUUCGACUAUCGUUCGUGAAGGGCUGGGGUCCAGAUUAUCCCCGACAGUCUAUCAAAGAAACUCCAUGCUGGGUGGAAGUGCACCUACAUCGUGCACUGCAGCUCCUUGACGAAGUGUUGCAUCAGAUGCCGAUUGAUGGUCCACGCGCCGUGGAGUAACUUCUUCACUAUAAAAAUUCUGAGCAGUAGAGAACGUUUCUCAUAGAAUUUCGUAAAAAAACGCACCCGGAUGCAUAUUGUAAUAAGUUUUUUCUUGAUGAAUAUGCGUGAAAUACUGCGAAUGCGCGUUGUAGCGAAAAAAAAAUCUAUCCGUAAAAGCGAAUGUAGCUUAUUAACUCAGUUUGUAUUGAAUUUUCCAUAGACAGAAAAUCAACCAAAACAUUGCAAUAAUUUUUUAUUACAUUACUAAGCAUACAAAGCUAAACUUGCAAUGGCUGUUUAGUGUUACAACUGCUUUUCAUCUGCUUCGGAUUGAGAACAUGAGAAACGUGUGAUUUGUUAGUGAAUAGUAUAAGAGCAAACAUGUAUACUUGGUCGAUACCUAAAAUAUAACUAAAAAUAUUUAUACACAUUCUACAAAUUCGCACUAAUCUUUAGGGAAGUAUGCUAAGCAUGAGAGUGAUUCAAUCGUGGAUAUCAUACAUCCUUUCAAAACUGUCUUUGAACAAUAAAAUAGACAAAACAAAACAAAUGAGAGAAAAAACAACGUUAAUUAAAGAUAAAUGACAACCAACAAAAUGCUCUACCUCUGACGUGAAAAUGAAAUCAACCUAAACACUCACUAAAUAUACAAAAAAACACAGUUGUAACAAAGACCUUUAAUAAUUAAUCUUAUUGCGUAAUAAGCAAAACAUGCAUGUAGCUACUCGUUUAGAAAAUAUUUCAAGGGAGCCAGAUUAAAAAAGUACGCAAAGUUAAAAUGUUCAAUAUUUCAGAAAUAAAAAGUGAUUGUUAGAAUGAAGUGAUUCUUAAAGUAAGCAAAAUUUUCAAUACUUUGCUUUUCUCUCUGUUAAAAAGUCUUAAUUUGAAUAAUGAGAAUUUUCUAUACUACCUAUCCAAUACGGACGGAAUGCAUUGUAGACACCAUCCAAGGUGGACCUUACAUACAAGACAAGAUUGCGAGGAUUUGUUUUAUGCAAAGCAGUUGUUUUCUAGCAAGUGCCACAUAUAGUUGUGAAUAAUAUUGAUAUAAUAUAAACUAUUCUCGUUAUAAACAAUAAAAUUUAUUGGUCUUCGGUUCAUGAGUUUUGCAAAAGAACUAUGAAAUAAAACAUACAAAUCACAAGUGCAAUGAAUAUGUGUUACAGAAAAUAAAAUAGAUCGAUAAAGUUGUACCCAUCGGUAACCAACGAUCUAUUGGCAAAGUUCUAAUAAUUGUGUUGUAUGCUCCUCCAGUAAUAGACCCAAAACAUUCAAGGUGCAAUGAUAAUAGCUUUUCUAUAAGUUAAUUUGUCAAAAAAAAUUUUUUCAUUGUUUAUAAACUGUAAAGUUCUACCGAAAUCAUCGUUUGCAGUUCUGUACGUUCCAUUGGAAUGAUUUUACGGAACGAGUCGAGGGCCUUUCAGCGCUGAAGGAUAAUCCAAAAUGGUUGAAAAAACUAAUCGCUAUACUGCAUUGAAGACGCACAGCCUGUCAAUCUGUUUGAGAAUUUUCAAGUCUUGAAUUGAUGUAGCAGAUCGAAUCAAAUCAAACAACAAUCCAUGAUCAGACGACGCACCGUCAGUUUACUAAAAUCUUACAAUAUAUUUGUUUGGCUUACAUCACAGUAGAAGUUGUAAAGUUUUAUACAAAUAAUUUUUAAAACGUAAUAUAAUCACUGAGAACACAAGCAUGAAUUUUUGUUUUCAAAAGUUGUAAAGAAUAAAACUGGAAAUUCGUGAACAUCAAGCUUGUUCAUAAGCUUUUAGGUUGACACUGUUGAUGCAAAUAGUGCACAAUUUUCCAAUGGCAUCCUGUUCGCAGUGCUACGAUCAGACCGACAUUGUGCUCAAUCGGACCGAUGCAGCGCGACAAAAUUCACUUAAAACCUGUUUGUACACACUUGUUAUUCUAAAUUUAAUAUACAAAUUACCUAUGACUUGUUAAAACGACACAGUUCAACAAAAAAAAAAACGAUAUUAAUACGACGUUAAUAAUCGCCCUUAUUCUGAAUAACGUCGUAUCGCUUUUUCCCUCGUAUUUCAUUUGUAUUCCCCAUAACGCUAGCAAAAUCAAAGGUAGCUAUGAUUCGAUCGAAAAAUCAAUACGUCGUUAUUCAGAAUCAGGGCGAAUAAUUAUUUAAAUUAACUUGAAGAUGUUUUUAAUUUUUGUCCGUUAAUUUUCUAAUUUUUGAAAGAGUACAACAUUUUUUCUGUUCGUGGUUUUUCAAAGUGCCUGUUUAAUUUCCUACGGUCUCUUCUUUGUCAUAAUUUUUAUAUAAAUUACUGUUUUCGCCCUUUUUAAAUUCAGUCUUGAGGCGAAUUGGUCUCUCAAUCCGUACAGAGCAUAUGGUUUGUUAAACUGAAAGAGUAUGUGUAGUUUCAUCCAAAUCGAUUUGCCACCUUUCCAUUUGCAAUUUUUUAUAUUUUCUUACUUAUUCUCUUUAGCACAAGUCUAUUAUUCAGCUAUGUUAAGAAAUUUAUGUAAAUUGCUUCGACCAUUCUCAAUGCUUCAAAUAAUAUCAAAAUUUCACAUGCUGCUACCCUGAUAAUAAACAGUAUUUCACCAAAUUUAAAAACUCUCGUGCUCUACUGUGUUUUGGCCUCCCGAAAAACUAUUUAUUGAUGGCGUUUUCGUUUUUAAUUUACACUACACUGGUGCAGUGCUACACCAUGGCAUGAAUAAACGAACAAAAAUGACGAAAACAUGACUAUAAUAAACGAUUCCAUUGCACAGAGCUACACCAAACUUUUGAUAACUGCUACACCAGUGGUAUCGGUGCAGAAAAAGUUAUGCCCUGGUGUAGUGCAAUUAGCAAAACCGAACGGUUUCAGUGCAACCUUACCUUACGGUUUCAGUGCAACCUUACCGGUGUAGUGCAAUUUAAAAACGAAAACGACAUAAGUGUAAUACUCUCUUACUAGUAGUCAUAGCUCAGUAAUCGGUAUUGCGCUAUAAAUCAUGCACCUUGUAUGUUUACAAUUUGCUCGAUAAUUCAUCACAAAUAACGUAUAAUAAUUGAUCUUUUAAAUCGGAUGUAUUUAAAAUAAAUGAAACGUGAUAUUUCAAAAUUUAUUGAAUAAAUUAAAAAUGCUGUUCGACGAACAAUGCUUUAAGAACAGUUUUGUUGCUCCAACGGUUUAUAUUUGUAUAAAACAUCUUUUAUAGAGUGGUCUCCGAGAUAAGAUUGAAUAAAAGGCGAUGUUAGAAAGCUAAUAUAAAACAUUACUUUCUUAAACUAAAUAUAAGAAUAUCUGGUGAAGUCGUGUGCUUAUACUUUACUGUCAGAAGUAAGUGUAUUUCACAUUUAAGCAUCAAAGCAUACAAAUAUUAUUUCUAACGAAAGAUAAGUUGCACAAAAACGUUUGUAUAUGAGUUUCAAAACAAAAUAAAAUGCAUCUAUUUUUAAGAA